UCUUUCCCCCCCACACCUCUUUCUCUUUCUCAGGAGGAAAUGGAUAAAAUUGUGAAGGAUUACAAAAUGAAGUCUCCAUUGACUGGAAAUGAUCUAACUGAUGCUGUAGAAUUUAAUCUCAUGUUCCCUAUUUCAAUAGGCCCAUCUGGAGCAUUGAAAGGUUUCCUACGACCAGAAACUGCUCAGGGUAUUUUCGUGAACUUCAAGAGACUACUUGAAUAUAAUCAAGGGAAAUUGCCUUUUGCUUGUGCACAGGUUGGCAAUGCUUACCGAAAUGAAAUCUCACCCAGAACUGGUCUGUUGCGAGUUAGAGAAUUCAUGAUGGCGGAAAUUGAACAUUUCUGUGAUCCAGAUGACAAGACCCAUCCAAAAUUCAGUCAGAUUGCAGACUUGCAGAUGAGAUUUUACUCAGCCUGUGCACAGAUGGAUGGUGAAUCGGAGAAGAUGAUGACGAUCGGAGAAGCAGUGCAUGGGUCAGGACCACCGUCCUUGGGUACGCUUUCUACACCUUCAGAACUUGGUGCUCUGGACUUCUUACUGAGUAACCAAAGUUAUAUCCUUGGCCAUGAGCCAACUCAGGCAGAUGUGACAGUAUAUGAAGCGUUGAAAGAAUCUCCUCCCUCAUACCUUCCUCAUGCAGCACGAUGGUACCGUCAUUUAGACAGCUUUAAGGCAUCUGAAAGGCAGAAUUUCACAGGCAAGAUUCAGAGCUUGGAAGAACUAACAGGCGGCAAAUACAAGGGCAUGGUGGCAAAUGAGACUCUUGGCUACUACAUGGCUCGCAUUUACCAAUACCUUCUGAAGAUUGGUAUCAGUCCCAAGAAACUUAGAUUCAGACAGCAUCUAAGCAAUGAAAUGGCACAUUAUGCCUGCGAUUGUUGGGAUGCAGAGUGCCUUACUUCAUAUGGCUGGAUUGAGUGUGUGGGCUGUGCAGACAGAAGUGCGUAUGAUCUUGGCCAACAUACUAAAGCAUCAGGUGUAAGGUUAAGUGUUGAGAGACCCUUGAAAGAGCCUCGCAUUGUGGAUGCAGUUGUAGCUGUACCAGACAAGGGAAUUGUUGGAAAGACUUUCAAGAAGGAUGCCAAAGCAGUCCAAGAAGCUCUUGCUUUACUUUCAAAUGAAGAGGCUGAGAAGAUGGACAAAGCUCUAAAUGAAGCUGGGGAAUAUGAAUUGAAUGGCUUCAAGUUAACAAGAGCUAUGGUGCCUAGCUUUAAGAGAGAACAAAAGAAGGUCCAUGUGGAAGAUUAUAUUCCAAGUGUUGUUGAGCCUUCCUUUGGUGUAGGCCGAGUCUUGUAUAGCCUUCUGGAACAUUCUUUCAGAGUAAGAGAAGAUGAUGACAAGAGGACCUACUUUUCACUGCCACCUAUUGUUGCACCUGUUAAAGUAUCUGUUCUGCCUCUCUCAAAUAAGCCUGAGUUUAUUCCCUUCACAGUCCAGCUAUCAAAUGACCUGACUGAACUAAAUAUCUCAUCAAGAAUUGAUGAUUCAACUGGAUCAAUUGGCCGUAGAUAUGCUCGAACAGAUGAGAUUGCCAUUCCUUUUGGAGUUACCAUCGACUUCGAUACCUUUAAUAACACACCACACACCGUAACACUACGGGAAAGAGACAGCACUGAGCAAGUCCGCAUGCCA